AUGAGCUCCCCUUCGAUGAGGAAGAGCUUGGAUGUCAACCCAGACAUGGUCGACUCUGAGAAGUCUCUUGAAGUCCCAAACUAUCGUCAAGAUGCUUUUGGUGAUGAGGAAUUCGCAGAGGUUAAAUAUAAGGUGCUGAAGUGGUGGCAAUGUGGUUUGCUGAUGGUUGCCGAGACUGUGUCGCUGGGUGUGCUUUCGCUGCCUGCCGCUGUCGCAGGUCUGGGUCUUGUGCCUGCGAUCCUCGUCCUCCUCUUCCUGGGCUGUUUGGCCACAUAUACCGGCUACGUGAUUGGGCAGAUGAAGUUGAGAUAUCCUCAUAUCUCAACAAUGGCUGAUGCCGGUGAAGUGAUUGGAGGUAAAUGGGGUCGAGAGAUCGUCGGCGGUGCCUGGACGAUUUUCUUUGUCUUCAUUAUGUCCAGUCAUCUGUUGACAUUCACCGUUGCCAUGAACACAAUCACAGACCAUGGAACAUGCUCUGUUGUGUUCGGCAUCGUGGGCAUGCUCGUUUCCUUCAUUUUGUCGCUGCCUCGCACCCUGGUGAAGAUGUCAUGGCUUUCUCUUGUUUCAUUCGGAAGUAUCAUGGCCUCCGUCAUCAUCGUCAUGAUCGCAGUCGGCAUCACCAAGCCUGGCAGUGGUGUAGUCGCAGUCGUCGACACAGACCUAUACCAUGGCUUCUCAGCCGUGUGCAAUAUCGUCUUUGCAUUCUGCGGCCACGCCGCUUUCUUUGGCCUGAUGGCCGAACUCAAGAACCCAAAGGACUUCACCAAGUCCCUCUGCUUGCUACAGGGUAUAGACAUGGGUCUGUACAUCACUGCUUCUCUGGUCAUCUACCGUUACGCUGGAAGCGACGUCACCUCCCCAGCACUAGGAUCUGCUUCACCAGUCGUGGCAAAGGUUGCAUACGGCAUUGCCCUGCCCACUAUCAUCAUUGCCGGCGUCAUCAACGGCCACGUGGCUUUCAAAUCCGUAUACCUGCGCAUCUUCUCAGGUACAGACCGUAUGCACAAGCGUGACUGGAUCGCCUGGGGCUCAUGGGUUGGCAUUGCCCUCGCGAUGUGGAUUCUCGCCUGGAUCGUUUCAACCGCCAUUCCCGUCUUCAGCAACCUUCUCACCUUGAUCACUGCCCUGUUUGCUAGCUGGUUCACCUACGGCCUGAGCGGUAUCUUCUGGUUGUACAUGAAUAAGGGACUCUGGUUCUCAUCGCCCAAGAAGAUUGCUCUCACAGCAUUGAAUUUCACUAUCGUUGCCAUUGCUGCUGUGCUGUGUGGCCUUGGUCUCUGGGUUUCUGGAAAAGCACUCAGUGCCGAUAAUAGCUCUGCGAGUUUCUCUUGCGCGAACAAUGCUUGA